AAACACGCCUCCAUCAUCUCCAAUAAGGACGUCCAGUUGAUCAAGUGGCGAGAUUUGCCUGCGAAGCGAGAGUACAGCUGCCCACAGGCCCUCCUAUUCCCUCACACUUCCUCUUCCUCCUCCUCCAGUUCGACGUCCUCCCGGCGUUCCUACUUCUCUGACCGGCCCACCUCAGAGGGGCCGUCCCGAAACAGUGACAUUAUUAAUUUUGUGCUGGAACAGGGCAAGCCGGAGAUUAAUACGUUGGGCGUUGCCGGCAGUGGCAGCCCCCAAUCGCCUUCCUUGCGAGUCAAAAAGGACGACACUAACGAGGAGGAGGAGGCCAGAAAGUCUUCCGCCCUCCUCUCCGACUUGGUCGCAUCUACCGUCUUUUGA